GCAGCGGCAGCGGCAGCAGCAGCGGCAGCAGCGGCAGCGGCCAGCAGCAGCCACCGCGGAGGCCCCCCGCCGCCGUCUCAGCCCCUGAGCUGGUGCAGCCCCCCUCGCCCCCUCGGCUCGUCCUGCGCUCGCCCGCACCAUGGCCGAUCAGCUGACCGAGGAGCAGAUCGCUGAGUUCAAGGAAGCUUUCUCCCUGUUUGACAAGGAUGGUGACGGCACCAUCACCACAAAGGAGCUCGGGACCGUCAUGAGGUCACUGGGCCAGAACCCAACAGAGGCCGAGCUGCAGGAUAUGAUCAACGAGGUGGAUGCUGACGGAAAUGGCACCAUUGACUUCCCAGAGUUUUUGACUAUGAUGGCUAGAAAAAUGAAAGACACAGACAGUGAAGAGGAAAUCCGUGAAGCAUUCCGAGUGUUUGACAAGGACGGCAACGGCUACAUCAGCGCUGCAGAGCUCCGUCACGUCAUGACAAACUUAGGAGAAAAACUAACAGACGAAGAAGUAGACGAAAUGAUCAGAGAAGCAGAUAUUGACGGGGACGGACAAGUCAACUAUGAAGAAUUCGUACAGAUGAUGACUGCAAAAUGAAGACCUACUUUCAACUCCUUUAUCCCCCCCUCUAGAAGAAUCAAAUUGAAUCUUUUACUUACCUCUUGCAAAAAAAAAAAAAAGUUCAUUUACUCAUUCUGUUUCUAUAUAGCAAAACUGAAUGUCAGAAGUACCUUCUGUCCACACACACCCAAAAUCUGCAUGUCUUGGUUGGUGGUCCUGUCCCCUAAAGAUCAAGCUACACAUCAGUUUUCCGAUAUAAAUACUUGUACUACCUUAACGAUAAGGAAGCACUUAGUGGAUCCGCGCAGUUCCAUUUGCUAAUGAUUACUACACUGUUUGGGCUGGCCAGUUUUUCAUGCAUGCGGCUUGACAAUUGAGCACAGUCAGGCAUUUGUAUUAAAAAAAGAAAAAAAAACCAAAAAAAAAGAAAAAAAAAUCCGAAACCUAGUCCAAUGGGUUCUAGUUCCGUUUGUUAGCAUAAAUUGUCAUAGCUGGUUUACCGGAAGGAAAAGGAAAGGAGAAAAAAAAACCCAACCCAUUAAAAAUUGGUUUACCUCGGGGUGCUGUGCAGAAAAGGGGGUGAAGGAGAAACUGUCUAGUUAGAGUUGCCCUCGAAGGAUGGUCCUCCUGUACUUCCUGAGUCCCGGGCCAUGGGGCGGUGACACCCCGCAGGGGCCAGGCCCGAGGGCUGGCUGAGCACGGUCCGCAUUGUGCCAGGAUGAGACGGGUUUCAGGCUGUCACUGCUGACACAAAUUUUUAUCAGACACCUUUUCUCAAGGGAGCAUCUUUGGACUCUCUUUUUAAAAACCUUCUCAACCUUGACUUGGGGCCCUAGAGUAGUCGGCUGGGGGCAUCGCUGUUCGAGAAACGACAAUUUCUGUCCAUUCCAAGUUAUAAAUGCUAGUCCUUUUUUUUUUUUCCCAAAUAAAAAAAAAAAAGACCAUUAACUUAAAAGUGGUGUUAACUGCUUUGUAAAGCUGAGAUCUAAAAGGGGACAAGGCAGGCGGAGGGGGAGCGCGCCUCGAGCCGCCCCCCCCCCACCCCCCCCCCCAGCCCUUGGCGGUGGUCGGGUUCCCGUCACCAACCUCAGAGCGGAGACCUCGCCUACAAGGCAAACAGAUUCGCAAUUGCUUCAUCCUAUUUAUGGACAUAGGUCUACUUGUACUUGGGGAGGGGGGGAGGGCGGGCGGGGGGGGGGUGGUGGUGAAUUACAGUAACUUAAUAAUUCAGGCAGUAGAGCUCUGGAAGGGGGGGGCAAAAAAACACUUUCUCAAGCAUGUAUUUCGGGGUUCUUCUCAGUCGUGCUGCUGAUAACCUGUUGUAUGUCACUAUUUGAGACCAUCCGUGCAAGAGACAUGCUCCGCUGUGUCCGUAACUCGAUCUUCUCGCUGUGCGUGGUAGCAGUAGUCCCUUCUCUAGAGCCAGUCUCAUGCCUAAAAGACACUACGAGCCGUCACCUUGGGAUUCGGGAGUUUCCAUUCGUGAUUCUUACUUACCUUUGCCUCGACUUUUUAAAAAGAAGAAAAAAAGUUUUUUUUUUUUUUAAAUGUCUCUAAGUUGGCUUCUCGCUUUUUCUCCAGCCCACCCCCACCCCUCCUCCUCCAGCAAGCAGAACUAAUGCUGGGCUCCAGCCUGAAAAUAAAACUGCAGCCCAGAGUGAAUUUUGUGUCUAAUUAUAAACCAGUAACCCACACUCAGAUGCGGGGCCUCGGAGCUGCCUGGUGGGGGAGGCCCUGAGCGGCAAAAUUGCGUGUCGUGGCAAACUCUGUGAAGGCUGAUGUGCAUUAUUUUUUAUUGUUGUUAUUAUUUUUCCAGGGUGUUUAUGGACUAUCUUCGUAGCAAGGAGAUUGGGGUUUUGAGAGUGUGUCGGGGGAGGUUUGGAUUUGCCAGGGAGACGAGGAGUCGCUCCUGGCAGCCAGCCUGGCAGUCAGCUGCGUUUCCUGAGCCCCCUGACUGCUUCCUCUCCUACUCCCGGUUCCUCUGGCGAUGCGGAGCUUGUCCGCCUCCCGCCGGAGGGCGAGGUCAGAGCCGUGGAGAGGAGCUGCCCGCCUCUGCCCUGGACCCGGCCGGGCAUUUGCACGGCAGAGGCAGAUGCCAGGAGCUGAGGGUCGGCUUCCACGGGCCCCUGAAUCUAGCCCUGGCUUGGGGCCUCUGGCGGUGUGUGGGACCCUGGGCUGGGUUCCUGGAAGUGUCGGUUUCCAUGGUACCUGAUGGUUUCUCCUAGGGUGCCCCUAGUGGCCUGACUGUUGACCCAGCCCUGGGCCCGGUGACCUGGAAUAGCUUGGGAAAGGAUUUUUGGGUGCGGGUGCUUGUUUUCAAAAAUUUGCCUUUCACUCCGUCUUUCCGGAAGCUGGGGUUAGGGAAGGGGUUGUGGGGGGGGACUUUUGUGGUCUCAGUCUUCCAAGACUACCUUUGGGUCCACGUUCUUGUGUGGCCAGCAUCCUGCCUGGCAGCCGGAAGUAUCUCCCCUCCCCUCCCCCCACCUGGGGGAUGCUGAGUGCUGUUGGGUGCACAGGUGAAGCCUCGUCCACAGAAGCCUUUGCUCCCCCCGGCUGGCAGUGGGCACGGUCAGCGCCGGGGGCAGGGGGCUGGUGUCUGCAGGGCGUGGGAGUUCGUGCGUAAGGAGAGGGCCGGGCCGACCUCACCUCCGGGGUUGCGAGCACCUUCCCGUCCACUCUUGCCCCUCCUUAGAACUAACUGCUCUAUAAAUAAUAUACAUAGGUUUAUAUAUACAAAGUGACUAGUUUAACUGGCAUCCCGCUUGAGCCUGAGUCUUGCCGUAAAAGACUGCUGAGUUCUUGGCACUCAUUCCCGCGGUCCCGUUCUCCGUCCGACUGGGGCAGGUGGCGAGGCAAACGUGUUGGGGGGCCUUCCUGGGGUCUCUGCCCCGCCGCCGCCAAGAAAGGCUUUUUUUCUGAUCUUUUGACAAACCGAACUUUUUGCACACAUCAAUUGGUGUCUUUUCGGCAACUUAAAAACACAUCCGAAGAUUAGCGACUGUACAUAUUUUUAUAUUCUCUUUAUAAAUGCAUGUCUGACUAUACCAGUAAGCAAAUUGUGACCCGUGGCUGUCCCGUAGACCCGGCUCUGCUGGGGCCGGUCAGCGUAGCAGCAUAUCUAACUAACCCCUCAGCAUAUUGGGAACUUCUUCCUAAACAAAGAAUGUAAAUUUGGUUGUCUGCUCUUUGUUCUUUCAAUUAUUUAAACCUUUGGAAUUAUUGUAUAUCCUAAAGAUUCUGAUCUCCUCGGCAGUGACUAGAUUUCCACAAAUGUGUCUUAAUCUCUCCCUUCAACUGGCAAUUACUCUUUUCUUUUUUUAAAAAAAAUGAAACAAAACAAAAACUCGAAGUCGUCCUGUAGGUGACAGAAAUCCCUUGCUGUCCCUAACUUCCCCGGGAGUCGGAAGGUUGUGGCCUGGGUGGAGGGUGUUCUCUCUCCAGAUCUCGCCCGAUGUUCAUUAAACACGUCCAUGGCAAAGACGGGUGGUUGUUGUUUUGUUAGCGCGCGCCGCGGCUGUCGAAAACAGAUGGACUUGCAAGUUUCUGUCAAUCUUGAGAUCAACUGUCUGGAGAUUUAACCACCUCUCUGAUGGGGGACCAACUCUAUGGAAAUUGUAAAUACGUUUUAUUUAUAAACCUGGCACUGUAUUCAAUAAACAUUUCUGCAGCCUUUCAUCUCUA